AUGAAUGUUUUUGAGGUCAAAAAUCGAUUUUUCGAUUUAUUUUCGAAUUUUUUUGAAUUUCCCGCCAAAUCCAGAUCCAAAAAAAAAAUGUUCCGAGUCAUCGUUCGCCACGCCCAUCAGCAAUCGGCUGCUCGUCAGGCGUUGAUCGAGAAAAUCAUUCGAGUCGAUCAUGCUGGAGAACUGGGAGCUGAUAGGAUCUAUGCAGGACAGCUGGCAGUGCUGCAAGGCAGUUCGGUCGGCUCGGUGAUCCGAAAAAUGUGGGACGAGGAGAAGGAGCAUUUGGAUACGAUGGAACGUCUGGCGGCGAAGCAUAACGUGCCGCAUACCAUAUUCUCGCCGGUUUUCAGUGUUGCCGCCUAUGCUCUUGGCGUCGGCUCGGCUCUUUUGGGAAAAGAAGGAGCAAUGGCGUGUACGAUUGCAGUUGAGGAGCUGAUUGGACAACAUUACAAUGAUCAGUUGAAAGAACUCCUCGCCGACGAUCCAGAAGCCCAUAAGGACCUUCUGAAGAUUUUGACACGUCUUCGAGAUGAAGAAUUGCAUCAUCAUGACACCGGCAUCGAGCACGACGGUUUGAAAGCUCCCGCCUACUCGGCACUCAAAUGGAUCAUUCAAACUGGAUGCAAGGGUGCCAUUGCGAUUGCUGAGAAAGUUUAA